GAUAAGUUCACAGACCUACAGUAGCAUAGCCAGCCUCAACUAAACGUGCCAGGAAGCUGAGAAAAAUGGAAAGAGAACCGUAAGUUAUGUUCCCAAGGUUGAAGAGCUUUUAUUCCAGGGUUCAUGAAAAACACCUGAGGUACAACUGUAACAUCAUGAUUUUCAGGAUGUAAUAGCUUACUACUGGAGAAGGAAAAAGAGUAACAACAAGCACAGCUACUAAAAUCACUCAGAUGUCACCCCCAAAGGAGCCACCAAGGUAUUCAUAUUCCUUUAGAGAUUCUGACAGAAAAUAGAAAUCCCAAAACUAUCCGAGGAUGGUUGAAUCGCUAGUAAUAAUCCGUAGAUGUCAACAGAGUAUGGUAAAAAUGAGCUCUAAGUAAGAGGCAGAAGAGAGUAAGCAAGUGAAUCUGUGAGUGACAGUGCUUUCCCAGUGCUUUCCUCAUUGUGUUUCUUUUGCCUGAUACAAACCGUGAGUAAAUCACAGCCCUGAGAUUGUUUGUCAGAACAGAAGAUUGUUUGUGGUUGCAAGGAAUGGUGUGCUAUUCUCCUUGCUGAACAGCUCACAGAGUCAGGAGAACACAGGUUUCCCGGAUGUGUAAGGCCCACAGGAGUGAUGUGUGAAGAUACGAGUCUUUCAGAAAUGGUUUUGGAGUGGAUUAAGUGAGGGAAGCAACUGAACUUAACUUUGGCGUACUUCUCAGAGAAGCUUAGUUCUGAGCUGAUGAUGAGAGGGCGGAGCUGCUUGGAGAGCAAAGAAUUUGUCUGAAUGUUAGAGUGCACACACUCCAAUCAUGAACCUUCCUUCUGCUCAACCUGUGUACCAUUCUGUUGUUACGCUAAAGACUGACCUCAUACAACUGGAUUUCCCCAGAUAUGGAUGCUAAAGAAGCCUACAUUACACAAACAUUACAAUCCAUGUAAAUAAGGAUAUCCAACAGGAGGCUAAUUGUGCUGUUCCUGUAAUGCUCAUAUUUCUGCAGUUUGAGUCUAAUCUGUAGCAUAUCAAUUUAUUUUCUUUCAUCUUCUUGCGUUCACUCCUCUCUGUACAGUUGGCAGAUCUAGUCUCACUGUUUGUUAUCACUGUAUUUGUGUUCACAUACAUUGUACCCAUAUACAUCAACUUGUACUGAGAUUUUUUGAGGCAAAAAUCACUACAGGUAAACCAAAAAAGCACCCAGAAAUAUUUGUUAGAUUGACAUGAUUGUUUAGAUGAAAUGAGUGAAGUGCUUUCAAAUAGCAAUUGAGAGCAUUCCACAUUCAAAGAAAUUAUCUGAGGAGAUGGAGGGCCACAUAGAGUGGUUUCUUAUAGUCUGUUUUUGAGAUUUCUUGUGAAUAUUUUAUUUGAAUAAACAUUAUCCUACAGAUAGAAAGAAGCAUACUGCUGAAGAAAAGGAGUUUUCAAAUCAACUUAAGAAAUUGACAGAAAUGAUGUAUUUUUUAGUGUAGGUAGGGUAUCUUUCAAUCCACUACAUGCAAUAAAGCCUGCUUUCCUAAAAAUGACACCAGCAGAGAGAUCUCAAAGGGUUACUGUGAGCAAAUGCUGCAAGGAAACACUCGUCUUCCAAAACGCAAACGUUUCUUUGUUUGGAAAGUUUUUCUUUGAAAUAAUUAAAGAGAACUCUAUAUCUUAUGAAAGGCUUAUGAUUAACUGUUAUGUUGUUUGUAAUUACUAUCAGUACCUUCUAAUGCCUACAUUUGGAUCUUCAAGUUUUCCACUGUUUUUUUUCCCUGGACAAAACCUUGGGUUGAAGAUAAGCCAUUUCAGAAACUGUAUUUCUAGCAGCUCCCGUUGCCAGUCCACCAGUCUGGGAUCGAGGCUGUGUCACGAUCAUGAAAUACUUACUGUUUGUCACCUUUGUUGGUGUGGCUGUCGCCCUCCCCGUCAGCGAUGGGGAUGAUGACAAGAUUGUGGGAGGCUACACCUGUGGAAGGAGCGCGGCACCCUACCAGGUGUCUCUGAAUUCUGGAUAUCACUUCUGUGGAGGUUCUCUCAUCAGCAGCCAAUGGGUGCUGUCAGCUGCUCACUGCUACAAGUCUUCCAUUCAAGUGAAGCUUGGGGAAUACAACCUGGCAAGCACAGACGGCAGCGAGCAGACCAUCAGUGCAUCUAAAAUCAUCCGCCACUCUGGCUACAAUUCCAACACACUGAACAACGAUAUCAUGCUCAUCAAACUGUCCAAAGCAGCCACACUCAACUCCUAUGUCAGCACAGUUGCUCUGCCUACCAGCUGUCCGUCUGCUGGAACAACAUGCCUGAUCUCUGGAUGGGGCAACACACUCAGCAGUGGCACUCUGUAUCCAGAUGUCUUGCAGUGUCUGGAAGCCCCUAUACUCUCCUCAAGCCAGUGCAGCAGUGCUUACCCUGGUGAAAUUACUAGUAACAUGAUGUGUGUUGGAUACCUGAAUGGAGGGAAAGACUCCUGCCAGGGGGAUUCCGGUGGCCCAGUAGUCUGCAAUGGUCAGCUGCAGGGUAUUGUUUCCUGGGGUUAUGGAUGUGCACAAAGAGGUUAUCCCGGCGUUUACACUAAGGUUUGCAAUUACGUUUCCUGGAUUCAAUCAACUAUGUCUUCCUAUUGAGACGCUCAUUUUAUGUGACCUGCUUUUCCUCCCCCUCAUUUCCUUCUGCCUUGCAACUGGAUGUACAAACCUUCACAAAAAAUAAA